AUGGGUUCCAAUUCAGGGGAGGAAGGAACACUAGGAUCUACAGGAAAUGAGGAGAGAAUUCUUGUUUCUGUUCGGGUGCGACCACUGAAUGAUAAGGAGAUAGCAAAAUAUGAUCUGUCCGAAUGGGAAUGCAUUAAUGAUACUACCAUCAUGUACAGAAGCAACCUUUCAGCUCCUGAAAGGUCUCCGUAUCCAACAACCUAUACAUUUGACCGAGUUUUUAACACUGAUUGCCCCACAAGGCAGGUGUACGAAGAAGCAGCUAAGGAGGUAGCUCUUUCUGUUCUCAAUGGAAUCAACUCUAGCAUUUUUGCAUAUGGACAAACAAGCAGUGGAAAGACAUACACCAUGAGUGGUAUAACUGAGUACGCUAUAGCUGACAUUUUUAAUCACAUAGAAAAGCACAAAGAAAGGGAGUUUGUCUUGAAGUUUUCAGCAAUGGAGAUCUAUAAUGAAUCUGUCAGGGACCUCCUUAGUAACGACACUACACUUCUCAGACUUCUUGAUGAUCCUGAGAAAGGCACAGUUGUUGAGAGACUCACCGAGGAAACUUUGCGUGACUGGGACCAUUUUACCGAACUUAUUUCUUUUUGUGAAACACAACGUCAGAUAGGAGAGACAUCUUUGAAUGAAGCCAGCUCCAGAUCACAUCAAAUUCUAAGACUGACGAUUGAAAGUUCUCCAAGUGAAUUUCUGGGAAAUGACAAAUUGAGCUCUCUUACUGCUUCUGUGAAUUUUGUUGAUCUUGCUGGAAGUGAGCGAGCAUCACAAACUAAUUCAGCUGGUACGAGGUUGAAGGAGGGAUGUCACAUAAACCGUAGUUUACUGACUCUAGGAACUGUCAUCCGCAAACUCAGCAAGGGGCGAAAUGGACACAUCCCUUUCAGAGAUUCAAAACUAACCCGCAUACUGCAGUCCUCAAUAGGAGGCAAUGCUAGAACAGCAAUCAUAUGUACCAUGAGUCCUGCACGGAGCUAUGUUGAACAAACCAGAAACACCCUCUUAUUUGCAUGUUGUGCUAAAGAAGUGUCAACUAAUGCAAAAGUCAAUGUAGUGAUGUCUGAUAAAUUGUUGGUCAAGCAAUUGCAAAGAGAGUUGGCUAGGCUGGAAGGAGAGUUGAAAAAUUCAAGUUCAACCCGCCGCAAACCUGAUUCUGCCGAGUUGCUGAGGGAAAAAGACCUCCAAAUUGAGAUGUUAAAGAAAGAGAUAUUAGAUCUGGCUAUGCAGCGGGACCUUGCUCACUCUCAAAUUACGGACAUGCUUAAAGUGGUUGGAGACGAUAUGUCCUCAAGUGAUAUGGAAGGUUUGGGUCUUCAGUAUCCCAAACUACGUGUGCGAUGCUCAAUGGACUUUGAUAAUCAAAUAGAGGAACCAAAUUUAUUAGGUUUUGACAUCAUGGAGACUGUAAGAUCUUUUGAUGCUUCUCAAUAUUCAGAUGGACAUAGUGUAAGCUCCGAAGAGAACUAUUUCCAGCUCCCUAAUUUGGAAAAGAAUCUUCCCAUCAGGAUUUCUUCUCGAGCGCUGUCAGUUGUAAGUCAUGAUGAUGAAACAAAUGAUUCGGAUCAGAAUAUAGUUCAAGAACAGCCCAAUGAUAAAUUAGGAGACAGUUGUAUAAAAGUUAGGUGCGUUGAGUCGGAAGAUCCAAUUACAAACACAGAUACACUUUCAAAUCCAGCAAGUUUGAGUCCAAAUAGAGACACAGACUCGAAUGCAUCAUCUCCGGGGGAAACUACGGUUGUCUCGGGAUUGACAGAAGUUGAUAACAUAGACAAAGAAAAUCAAGACUUGUGCUCAUCUCCGGGGGAAACUACGGCUGUCUCAGGAUUGACAGAAAUUGAUAACAUAGACAAAGAAAAUCAAGACUUGUGCUCAUCUCCGGGGGAAAGUACAGCUGUCUCAGGAUUGACAGAAAUUGGUAACAUAGACAAAGAAAAUCAAGACUCGUGUUCAUUUGGGUUAAAGGAAAGUAAAGAAUUGAGUCACUUUCACCAUGCUUCUUUUCUACCGUCUUCAGAGAAAAUAAGUCCAUGGAUGCUUGGAAAAAGUGUACCUAGUUCUAGAAUCUUGAAAUUGACCAGAAGCAGAAGCUGUGCAGCAAGUCUCAUGAAGGGUUCAUCUUCCUGUUGGUUUGACGAGGAAUAUGAUAGGAGGACCUAUCCACUAAACUUUAAUCCCAAUGCUGAGAGGUUAUCCUGGUCUGGUUUUGGGUAUUGUGUGAAAUGUUCUACAUGUGACAUACAGAACGUGAAACCAUCAUUUGAUAUGGAAAUUGAUGAUGGUGAUUUAUCCCCGGUAAGAAGGGAAAAGAAAGAAAAUGAAAGUUCAAAACCACCGCCUUACCGUAAGGUUUCGGGGUCUGGAGUUGAGUCAACUGUUUCUGCCAAAAAGUUCAAAGAUGCUGGGUCGAACACAUUACAAUCUGGUGAAGAAAAACAUUUGGAAUGGUCUUUAGAAUUUAAACGGCUGCAGAAAGAGAUUAUUGAACGCUGGCAUUCUUGUAAUGUUUCAUUGGUCCACAGAACUUACUUUUUCCUUCUAUUCAAAGGGGACCCUUCAGAUUCUAUCUAUAUGGAGGUAGAACUGAGAAGGCUAUCCUAUCUCAAAGAGAAUCAAAUUUUGGAAGAUGGACGAACCCUUACCCCUGAAUCAAGCAAGAGAUAUCUUCGACGAGAGAGACAAAUGUUGAGCAGACAAAUGGAGAGGAAGUUGUCAAAAUCCGAAAGAGAGAACAUGUAUUUCAAGUGGGGGAUUAGUAUAAGUUCAAGGCAUAGGAGGUUGCAAUUGGCUCACCGCCUUUGGUCAGAAACAAAUAUAGACCAUGUUAGAGAGAGUGCCACCAUUGUUGCAAAGCUGGUUGGUACAGUUGAGCCAGAUCAGGCUUUCAAGGAGAUGUUUGGCCUCAACUUUGCACCACGGCGCAGAAGAAAGAAAUCUUUCGGUUGGACAUCCAGUAUGAAGCAUAUUUUGUGA